AAUCGACACUCAUUCUAUGUCAAACGUUCGCCGUGCACGCGAUAUGGAUUCGUUGGGGCACGGUAGAAUAGAUAACUUAAGAUCAGAAUGGGAGGAAAGAAACGCGUUUCUUCUACCUUUCUCAAUUAUUGGAGAUGCCCCAAAUCUUGGUUGUCACUUAGAUGUUAAGUGGAUCAACGAAGCAAUUGUGAAUACUUCUGCUAUAAUGCGUCAAGCUGAUGACAUUCUUUCUCGGAGGUCACUCAAAGGUGACCAUGAAGCAGCAUGGCUUCUCAGGGCAGUCACUUGUAUUGACCUGACUACAUUGUCUGGUGAUGACACUGCAAGCAAUGUUGAACGCCUAUGUGUAAAGGCAUGUGACCCAAUAGCUACUGAUCUGUUGGAAGCUGCAGGAUUUUCCAGAGACAAUGGAAUAACAACAGCUGCAGUUUGUGUGUAUCCAGCAAGAGUGCCAGAUGCAGUCCGCACAUUAACAAGAUUAGGUUUUAGCAACAGAGUUGCUGUGGCAUCAGUUGCUACUGGCUUCCCAAGUGGGCAGUAUCCAUUGGAAACCCGUCUUGCAGAAAUCAAGUAUGCUGUAUCAUCUGGUGCCACAGAAAUAGAUGUUGUUGUGGAUCGGUCUCUAGUGCUUUCUCAACGGUGGAAAGCUCUGUAUCGAGAGAUUAGAAUGAUGGCUGAAGCAUGUGGCAGAGCCCAUUUCAAGGUUAUACUGGCUGUAGGGGAGCUGGGAACAUUGACUAAUAUAUAUCGGGCAUCCCUUGUUGCAAUGAUGGCAGGAGCACAUUUUAUCAAAACAUCCACUGGAAAAGAAACUUUCAAUGCAACAAUUCCAGUCAGUAUUGUUAUGUGUCGAGCAAUUCGAGAUUACUAUUUGAAAACUGGAUAUAAGGUUGGUUUCAAACCUGCAGGCGGCAUACGCACAGCUAAAGAUGCACUGAAUUACCUUAUACUAAUGAAAGAAGAGCUAGGAACAAAAUGGAUGUCCCCAAGACUAUUCCGCAUAGGAGCAUCAGGGUUGUUGUCAGAUAUUGAAAAACAUUUGUAUCUCCAUACCACUGGUAAAUUUGCCAACACACAGGAUUUUUUGAUGGGCUGAGGGGGAAAAUAGGAUGACAAGAUGGUGGAAGGACGACACACACACACACAUAUAUAUAUAUAUAUAUAUAUAUA